AUGCACAAAUCCACUUCCUACACUUCUGUGCCUUCAAAUGCAUCCGUUGAAAGCAUACACAGCAACCGAAGACGUCCUUCUAGGAGUUUCCGCACUGUAGAUCCCACGACCCUUUGCAUCCUCUUCUGUCUUCUUGCUAUAGUCCUCAUUUCUUUCACUGCGGGUUUGAAAAUUGGUGAGAGCUGGGCGAAGAAGUAUGGCAGCGAGGAAUUCGAUGCGAUGGGUAAGCAAAGGGGGGAUGGACUGAUGAGCCCGCAGGAUAUUAUUGGGGAGAGUGAGUUUCCUUAUUUCAAAGUGCGAAGGAGAGUGAUGAGACAGGAACUAGCUGAUGACGCUUAUGAGUAUAUAGUUCCGCAGAAAGAAGUCAUGUUCAAGUUCCCGAGUGGGUAUGAGGAUACUGGAGAGAAAGGAGAUCGGAUUUGGGAUGAGAUGAUGCCUCGUGGGUUUCUUCAAGCUCUUUGGAGAUUGGAUACUGAUAGAAGAUGUUCUAGUUGGAGCUGGGUUCUUGAGAGUUCCUCACCCGAGGUUGUAUGCUAUGCCUAGGAGUAAGAAGAUUGAGAAUGAUACAGAGGAGGCGGAGAUAUAUUCUGUGUCUAUGACACAUCAAUUGCAUUGCUUGGUGAGUAUCCUUUCAUCCGGUAUAGACAACAGACAUAAGAGAGACACCUGAAAACAGGAGUGAGCGAAAACAAACGAAAAAAGAAAGCUAACAACGAAUCAAGACAAUCCUAAGACAUGUAAUAAUCAAAUACGAAAAGAAUGAUAAAUCGAGAUUCGCAGGAGCUGGGCAUGAAUACCAUUGUCUUGAUUACAGUAAGCAAUGCUCCCUCCCCCUUCCAUGUACCAAAGUAUAGAAUUCACGAGAGGAAUCAAUUCAGUCCGGCAAGCUAUUCUCUGCGCAGGAGAUACCACGCUCGAUCAUGCUGAGAUUGAAUUUACUCCUGAUGGAAGGGAGAGGAGAUAUGGGUUUAAUGGUGCGAAUGCUACGCAUCAGUGUAGAGACUGGGAUGCAAUUCAGAGGGUUUUGGUUGAGAAGAGGGUGGAUGAUAAAAUUGGGAUUUUGUUUUGA